GUGGCCACUUCCGCGUAUUGAAAUCUUAGACGUGGCUAGCGGUAUUUAUUGCAAAUUCUAUCAUUUAGGGUUCUAAUAUUGUAUGAUAAGUAAACAAAAUGGUUAAAGUGGUAUUUCUGCAUCCAGACUUGGGGAUUGGAGGGGCAGAGAGAGCCGUUAUUGAUGCUGCACUCAGCUUGAAAUCCCGAAACCAUACUGUUCAUUUCGUGACUGCUCACCAUGAUAAAUCACACUGUUUUCAAGAGACCAAAGAUGGCACGUUAGACGUGACUGCAGUUGGUGAUUGGUUACCAAGAAGUAUCGUGGGGAAGUGUUAUGCACUCUGUGCCUAUCUACGAAUGAUUUAUGCCGCCAUUUUCCUAGUAUUCUUCAGUUCACUAGAAUAUGACCUUGUGUUUUGUGAUCAAAUCUCUGCAUGCAUUCCGGUAUUGAAAUUCUCCAAAGCAAGGGUUAUAUUUUAUUGUCAUUUCCCUGACAUGCUGCUGACACAAAGGAAAAGCGUGUUAAAAAGGCUAUAUAGAGCCCCAAUAGAUUGGAUAGAGGAGAAAACAACUGGAAUGGCAGACUGUGUUUUGGUAAACAGCAAAUUUACAGCGGGAAUCUUCAAAGAGGCAUUUACAUCACUUGUAAAGACAACUCCGGAAGUGCUAUACCCAAUACCGGAUUUUUCUACAUUAGACAAGCAAGCACCUCCACCUACAAGUGACCUUUUGCCGCCAAAUGCAUCCACGAUCUUUCUGUCCAUUAAUCGAUAUGAAAGGAAGAAGAAUCUCCUCCUUGCUAUUGAUGCUCUUGCCUGUUUGAAAAAAGCCAAUGAAAAAAGUCUGGAUGGAGUUCACCUGGUUAUGGCUGGUGGGUAUGACGAAAGAGUUGUGGAAAAUAGAGAGUAUUACCAUGAACUCAAACAACGGGUAGACAAAGAUGGUAUAUCUGAACAUGUCAGCUUUAUCCGCUCAUUCAGUGAUGCACAAAAACGGACCUUACUCCGGAACAGUAGUUGCCUUCUGUACACACCUGAUAGGGAACAUUUUGGUAUUGUACCAAUAGAAGCUAUGUACCUGAAAUGUCCAGUAAUCGCAGUUAAAAGUGGUGGUCCUUUGGAAACAGUUGGGCAUGAAUCCACAGGAUUUCUAUGUCAACAAAGUGAUGAAGACUUUGCUGAAGCCAUGAGGAAAUUUAUAAAAAAUAAAGAUUUGCAAAAGGAAAUGGGAGAGGCUGGUAGGAAAAGAGUGGUGGCACUAUUUUCUUUUGAAGCAUUCACAAACCAGCUUAAUAGCAUUGUCAAGAAGCUGUCUGAUCAGGGUCGCCGCCAAACACUGACUUUGUCUCUGAUGUGGAUGAUGGCUUUUAUUAGUGUGUUAAGUCUCCUGUUAGUGUAUGUAUUAUUCUGAUAAUUUAUCUUUGUGUUGUAAUUGAAUUGUAAAUGUCUACAUUGGACAAGCGACGAACGCUGCACCAUUGCAUAAGCUCGCGUAACCUUUGCUCAGGUGAGCUAAAACCAAACGCUUAUAUUGAAAGUAAAGAUUUUUAGCUCGUCUCUUCGAAGAAGAGUGAGAGCUUAUGUCGUCACUCCGGUGUCGGCGUCGGCGUUGGUUUUUCAAAUGUUAAAUUUAUGGUGCAAGUGUUGAA